AAGGUACCUACAGAGAUAAUUUCAUCACGUCUUAUGACAUUGUCUUGCCAUCACACAGCAACAGUCGUUCGCCCACCGUUUUCUUCGUCCAUUUUUCUCUUAUAUAAGAAUAAAAGGGCUGCUGUACAGUCUCCAUUUCCGUGUUGUUGUUGUUGGGGCUGGGUUAAAACAUGCCUUCCGAUCCGUCGUUAUCGAAUGAUGUAAUCAAUUGGCCGAAGAAGAAGAAGGAGCACAGCCCACAACUGGUGUAGAGUUUUUCGGUCGAGAGUUGGAAGAACUGCGUGUGGGAUUGGGUAGAGGGGAGUGUCAAGAGGGUGGAAAGAAAGAAAGGGAGAGAAAGAGGGUGGUCUGCCUGCUGGAGUGUGCGUGCAACGCCAACUGGGUGAUAGAUGGAAUAAACUGGGAGCAUUUUCAUCCUCGCGACUCUUGGUCUGGUUGGUUGGGGCUGCUGCUGCUGGGGCGUUCGAAUGUUAUAACCAGCCAUCACCCAUGAUGAUCACCAUCAGUUUUUGGAGAAAAUCCCGACCGAGUUGUUGUUGUCUAUUUCAUUGGACUCGACGCAGCCAUUAUUAAAUUCAGAAAAACAAAAAAAAAGGAUAAUAUGAGAAACCCGUUUCCAACUAGUGAGGAGCCAACAACAGAAGAAUAGAAAGUGACAACAACAACUGUGACAAGCUGCGUCUCUUUUUGUGUGUCGUGUAUCGUUUCCCGCCUGUGUGCCAUUGUGGUUUUCUCUCUGCACUACUAGUGUGAAACGCGUGUGUGUGUUGUAUGGUGAACGACGGGAAAAAAGGGAGGGAAGAAGAAAGAAUAAAGAAGAAGAAGAAGCGUUGGGAGAGUUUGGCAACGCCGCCGAGUUGGCGUUGGCUUGAGUGCGCUUCAGAGCGCUGUGUGCAGGGAGACUGCAGCCCAAGCAGCAAGGCAAAGCACAUAAAAGAAGUGGCGAGUUGAAAGGGGAAGGAAUACACACACACACACAUACACUAGUAUACAGACUACACACAUACACACACAUACAGACUACAGAGGCUAGAGUGUACAGCCAAGGUGUGUGUGAACAAAAAAAUCAAGCCAAAAUGGCUGCCGCCAGUUCACUACAAAUGCAUUUGCAGCAUAGCCCGCGCAAGAAGAAUUUCGGUUAUGAAGAAACGAUUCGGCUACUCGAAUUGUGGACUCACUACACUAACGGUGGGACCCACCCUGAACUGGGCAAAGGACACAGGACUGGCCGGCUCUGGCUCGUUAUCAGUGAACGAAUGAAGGCCAUGAACUACAACCGUGGGCCAGAGGAAUGCAAAGUGCGCGUCGGAAACCUCAGAGCCAAAUACACCAAACUCAAGAGAGGAUACCUUUCAGGUGAAGGAGUUCCAGAUUGGCCAUAUUACCCAGUCCUAGCCAAAUUCCUAGAAGGGAGGACAGAAUUUGGGGAUUCCUACGAUGCAGGAUCACACUCUUACACAGAACCAGAAGCGAGACCUGGGGCCUCACACCAUCAUCCAGGUAUGUUCCUUAGUAUGUCAAUGGAAGAGCCAAACGAGCCACUCGCCUGCAAUGUAGACGGAGGUGGUGGCCGGCGGGGUGUCGGCGGAGGAGCUGGCGGUGGAUCGUCGCGAUCCAACGACGACGACAGUUCCGUUUCGAUGCCGGAAUCUGGUUCGUCUGCCGGCAGUGAGCACAACGACGCCCCUCCAAACGGACACAUGGCUGGGCCAAUGGGUCCAUCCGACCUGCCCCACGGUCUCGGUGGCCAUCACCCGCCUCUAUUGGGUCCUACCGGAUUGAAAAGACGACCCAUUUCGCCCGUGGACGAUCCUCGUCGACCGGCCAAGCGACCGAAACAUGGCACCAGUACCAUGCUCCUCUCCUUGAUGCAGGCCAUGCUGAAGAUCGAAGAGGAGCACCUGAAACUGCAGCAAGAGCGAGCGGCCAGUGAAGCAGCCAUGAUGCAAGCCGUGACGGCCUUUUUCUCCAACAUGACGCAAAUGUUUGGCGGACACAUGCCCAGUUUUUCAUCGAAACCGGAGGUGCAGAACAACAACAGCGCCGGUUCGCAAGGUGGAGCCGGCGGCAGUGGCACGACAGCCGGAAGCAGCGGUCUCCACUCUGGAGUUGUUGGCGGGACGCAACAAGGUGGAGGCAACAACAACAACCAAGCCUCGGGUUCCAAGACGCCAUCCAACCCGUCUUCCUCCUGUUCAAACUCACCCGCCUACUCGCACUCGUACAGCAAUCCGCCCAUGGUGGGCAACUCCGGGAUGAACAAGAUGCACGGCAUGGUCGACGGGCCCGGCGCGGCCACCAACAUGGGAUCGGCCUCAGCCGGACACCACUACCCUUACGGCGGCAUGAACCAGCCGUCACCGUCGCCAUCCAGUGCCGGACAGAUGGCCAGCCCGGCUUCCUAUCCGCUCUCACCGGCCUACCAGCAAGGCGUCGUCAAUACGAUGAUGGGCGCCGGCAACAGUGGGACGGGCGGCGGAGGUGGCGGAUGGUACAACAACGGCUCGUCCGGCAAAGGAGCCGCUUCUUCCAACGCCCCGAUGGCCGUUCACCCUUUCUCCAGCGACAUUCUGGGCAUUCCCAAGAGCAGGCACGACACGAUGUAAAAAACAAAACAAAACAACUAAGCGAUGGAAGAAAUAUUUUUUCUUGGUUUUCCUAUCGCUUUUCACCACACCACCGCCUCCUCUUCUUUCAUCAAAUCUCCUCCCGCCCCAGUUGUUGUUGUUGUUGUCGUGUGUGUGCCUGUGUGUAGAACGACAACCACUACAAAAGAAAAAAAUGCCAGAAGAAAUGAAGAAAACCCCUUCCAACCUCACACUCACGGAGCUUCCGGAAGGUGAUGAUGAAAAACAAAAUUACUACGACGACAAAAUUGCAAAAAGAUUAAAAAAAUAAUUAAGGAAAAUCGUAUGAGAAACAAAAAAAGAGUUUGAAACAUGUUUUUUUCUCUCUCAUUUUCUCUUCUUUUGUGUGUGCAAAGUGUGUCCGGACUCUCUUCUUCCCUUCGUACUAUAUUGUUGUGUCUCUCUUUCAGGGGACUACCAAAUAUCCUUUUUGUUGAGCGUGUGUGAAAUUUUUCCUUUUUUUAAAUCAGCAAACACUCCGCCUAGAUAGUUGGGCUUUUUCCCUUAUUUUUCUUUUUUUUUUAACACUUUAAUUUAAAAUUCUCUUGCCUUAUUCUUUCGGUCUGUUGUGGAUGUUAUUAUUAUUGAGCUCCCCCACCCUAAUUUUUUUGUUGGUUGAAUCCGUAACCAAAAAGUCCAUCACUUUCGACCGCUUCGUGCACACUCUUUUUGUUUCUUUUUUUUCCCCCUCCUCCGUUCCUUACCUGUUUAUUAAUUUUUCGUUUGUUUUUUGCGAUGUGUCAAAUUUAAAAGAGGCAGCUUUAUAUCUAUCGUAAAGAGCCGACAGUUUUGUUUAUUUUUCGCCAAGAUCCAAAGGGCCAAAAAGAGAAGAAAGUGAAAACGGUUAGAAGAAAA